AUGGGCGGAGGACACUCAAGCCACAGCGGGCGGCCCACAGCAAUUCAUACACAACAGCAAGCGGCUGAAGCUGAGGCGAUCGCCAGAGCUGAAGCUGCUUAUCAAAGAGCAAUGGAACGCGAGGCAGCUCAGAGUCAACAUCAGGCGGCGGCCAGGCAUGAGGCAGAAGAAGCACGACAGCUCGCUGAGGCUGCCCAUGCGGAGGCAGUUAGGAGAGAGCAAGCAGAAAAUGCCGAACGACUGGCACAAGCAGCUGAAGAAGAGAUAUGCAGACAGAGCGCUGCCGAAGAAGCUGCCAUUGCCGCCCAGCAAGAGCAGGAACGGCAACAGAGAGUCAGGGAAUAG